AUGGAAGGGAGAGGAUUGGUUGUAGCUGGUGCCAUAGUUCUAGGGCUGUGUGUGUUGUUGUCAAUUGGAGUUGGGGUGGGUGUACAUCUCGGAAGACGAGAGGAGCAACAGGCUGUAGAGAAAACACAUGGCGAUUAUAAGAUGGUGUGUUACUACACGAAUUGGGCACAGUAUCGGCCCGGGAUAUACAAGUUCUUUCCUGAAAACAUCGAUCCAUUCCUUUGCACUGACCUUGUAUACGCCUUCGCCAACAUGACUGGAAAUAGACUGUCAACGUUUGAAUGGAAUGAUGUCCAAAUGCAAGCCAUUAAAUUAUUUAACAAAUUGAUCAAAAGCUUAUUGUACCAGCGAUUCAAUAGUCUUAAAAAGAACAACACAAAACUGAAGACUUUCUUAGCAGUUGGAGGUUGGAAUUUUGGAGUGAAACGAUUCUCUGACAUGGUUGCCACUAGAGAGAACAGACAGGAGUUUGUAAAUUCAUCUAUCGACUUUCUCAGACUCCAUGGGUUUGAUGGAUUGGAUCUUGAUUGGGAAUACCCUGGACAACGUGGUAGUCCCCCUGAUGAUAAACAACGAUUUACUACACUCUGCAUGGAACUGCGGGCGGGGUUCGAAGAGGAAGGGCGGAGUACAGGACGCCCAAGACUAAUGCUAAGCGCCGCCGUUGGAGCGGGAAAGUGGACAGCGGACCGAUCGUAUGAGAUGGACAAAAUAUCAAAACCUCUAGAUGCGAUUUACCUGAUGACGUAUGACAUGCAACCGAAUGGCUACAUUUACACAGGACACCACAGUCCGUUGUAUGCAAACCCUGUUAUAGGAGACGGUUCAAGAGAUAACAACGUAAAUUUCACAGUGAACUAUUGGAUUUCCAAAGGGGCAGAUCGAAAGAAGCUUAUAAUAGGGAUGCCGGCAUUUGGCCGCACAAUGGACCUGACCUACACCCAGAAUCACGCAAUUGGUGCGUGCUCGAAUGGAAGAGGGGCGCCAGCACCCGUGACUAGGGAGGCUGGAUACAUUGCGUAUCAUGAGAUAUGCUCACUCCUGUCAGACAGCGCCACUGAAUACUGGGACCCAUUCCAAAGGGUUCCAUUCUCAGUGCAUGUCCCGUCUCGCAGAUGGAUAGGAUAUGAGAAUAUCAGAAGCUUACAGUUGAAGGUAAGAUGGUUAAAGAGCAAUGGGUUUGGUGGAGCAAUGAUAUGGACUCUCGCAUUGGACGACUUUACGAAUAAUUGUACAAUUCACGAUGGACGAUAUCCUCUGAUGAAUGCUAUUAGAAAUAUCCUUAGAGCAACAUAAUAAUCCGUCCAACA